CAUGAUAUUAUAUGAGAACUUCAAUACCAUCAAUCAAACUUCGCCGCAUUUUGAGCGACACGAGCACUUAGCGAUGGAAACCUCCAAUGUGUGAAGUGAAUGUCGUUUAAAAGUAUGCUCAUCGUUGCUAAACUUUCUUCUCGUUUUUGUGCUGCGUAGCAAAGUUGUAGCGCACUGCUUACACUGCCGCUGGAUGAGAGAUGCGACUACAUUGCCCAAUCCAGUUCGUGCUACACCAAUGUCUACUUGAUCAACUACAUACACAUCAUCUUCUGUAAACUGAGAAUAUCCACCACUUUGGGUGCUGCAGUCUCAUCGAUCGUGCUGCUAAUAGUUAUCUGUCUUUAUUUCAUUAUUUUCGGUGUAGCUGCAGAUGUGUUGUAAGUUAAUGUGGAUGAAAGAAAGAUGCGUAUACGCCGCGGUGUGCCACAUAAUGUUUCCUAACUUUCUUUCUUACCGAACUCCUUUACGUUUAUCGCUUUUGUCCUGCUCUGGCGGUGUUGGCGCGCAUAUUAAGAAUGAGUGAGAACGUUGCUGGCGUUACAUUGGUCGCUUUUGGCAAUGGCGCACCCGAUAUAUUCAGCAGUCUGGCUUAUCUUGACAGCAACACCCGUCGCUUAUAUGCAGAUAUUUUCGCCUCGGCACUCUUUGUGGUGCUCAUUGUGGCUGGCAUUAUCUUUUAUGGAUACCCAUUUGCUGCACAACCCUAUUUACUGUUACGCGAUGCACUAUUCCUUCUACUCGACAUCUGUGUUGUCGAUUAUAUAAUUAAGAAAGAUAAUGCCAUAUCGGUGCUUGAUAGUGUUAUCACACUUUGCAUUUACUUUUGCUACUUAUUUGUGGUUAUAUUUGAUCAGUAUCUAGUGAGACGCGCUACAAAAAUAUUGCGGAUCAGGAGGCAAACUUUUAAGAGGCUCUCCAAUAUUGAUCUCAUUCGUCUGAAUGACUUGCGUGCACAGGGUGCGAUUCGGCAGCAAAAGAAGUUGUCUUUUCUAGAUCGUCGUGAUCCAAGUAUCAUUUACUCAGAUUCGGUUAUGUCGAACUUACCAACACUUUGGCAACAAUUCUAUCUUAGCCUCAAGCCAUAUGAUGAUAGCGAAUGGGAAAGUGCCAAUUUGCUAAUGAAAGUGUUCAUAAUAUUACGAAUGCCGAUAUUGCUGGUACUCAAGAUAUUCAUACCAAUUACCGAUCAAGGAGAAGAAGGUCGCGGCUGGUCUCGUCUCUUGAAUUGCACACAAAUGGUGUUAUUGCCUUCAUUUAUAUGCUAUAUUACACUCAGCAAGUAUUCCCUCUUUGGCUUACCAAUUUUCUUAUGGUCGGCGUUGAUAACAUGUCCUUUGGCUAUUAUUUUGUUUCUUAAUUCGAACACGAAUCGAACGCCGCUUUAUCAUCAUUAUUUCUCCAUUCUCAGCGUUGCUGGUUCUGUAUUCGUUGUGCGCAUUUGCUGUGCUGAAAUCGUGAAUGUACUCGCGGUCCUUAGCAUCUUUACUGGCUUCAGUAGUUCCUUUUUUGGCGUCACUCUUUUAUCUUGGGCAAAUAGUAUUGGUGAUUUGAUAGCUAAUCAAUAUUUGGCUCGGCAGGGCUAUCAAAAUAUGGCGCUCGCCGCUUGCUUCGGUGGACCGCUAUUCAAUUCUUUACUGGCUGUUGGCUCAACCUUACUAUAUAAGACACUAACAACUGAUAACUUCGUGAUUGCGGAAUUCGGCGAGGGAAUAAUGGGCGAGAAUUGCACUAUAUUCCUUAUAAUUAGCUUGUUUAUCAUUUUACUGGGUGCUCUCACCACAGACUUUUACUUUCGACCCAGUUUUGGUGUUUAUGUUAUAAUUACAUAUUGUAUUUUUUUCUUAUAUAAUAUUCUGGGUGAAUUUGAAGUCAUACAUCCAUAUGGCACCGAUCAUAGAAUGGAUCAGGCUAUCGAACCGGAACUUUAAUUAGUUCCAACCUGA